GGAAGGGGAAUGUCCAUUGUGCUGACGGGUGAUGAUCUAGCUUGUAGCUAUAUAGCGUGAACCCCUCAACUUUGUCCAAUUUUCAAUUUUACAGCAGACAAGACAGGCGACAUGGCUUCCGUAGCACCUAUUAAGAUUGGAAUCAUCGGUGGUUCAGGCCUUGAUGAUCCAGAUAUCUUGGAAGGGCGGACUGAGCGCUAUGUAGACACGCCAUAUGGAAAGCCAUCAGAUGCUCUGAUAAUGGGGAAGAUAAAAAAUGUGGAUUGUGUGCUCCUUGCAAGGCAUGGGAGACAACACACUAUUAUGCCGUCCAAUGUGAACUACCAGGCCAACAUCUGGGCACUGAAGGAGGAAGGGUGUACACAUCUGUUGGUGACAACAGCUUGUGGCUCUCUCCGGGAGGAGAUUCAGCCAGGAGACAUUGUCAUUAUAGACCAGUUCAUUGACAGAACAACCAAGAGAGCUCAGACGCUUUACGAUGGCCAACCCACCAGUCCUCCGGGAGUGUGUCACAUCCCCAUGGCUGAGCCUUUCUGCAACAGAACCAGAGAGGUCUUGGUGGAGGUGGCCCGCAGUCUGGGGAUCAAGUGCCAUGUUAAAGGGACCAUGCUGUCCAUCGAGGGUCCUCGCUUCUCCUCGCGAGCGGAGAGCCUGAUGUUUCGUCAGUGGGGCGCUGAUGUCAUCAAUAUGACAACCGUGCCGGAGGUGGUGCUCGCCAAGGAGGCCGGCCUGUGCUACGCAAGCAUCGCCAUGGCAACAGACUAUGACUGUUGGAAGGAACACGAGGAGGCGGUCUGUGUUGACAAUGUACUAAAGACGAUGAAAGAGAACGCCAACAAAGCCAGCAGUAUCCUGCUCACUGCAAUACCUCAGAUCAGUCAGAUGGACUGGGCUCAGACAAUGAAGACCUUGAAAUCAAUGGCACAAUCUUCAGUAAUGUUACCAAAACACUAAGCGUGCAGAAAACAGUGAAGUGCAUCCAAGACACCUCCGGCACCGACACGGACUGCAGACUCAACUUUGACUCUUCACUGAACUUCAAGAAAGUGCCUCACAUAAGUAAUGCAUGUCCUCUGCCAUUAGCCAAAUGUCAGUUUCCUUUUUCAAAACCCAAAGUACCCAAGCCACCACCCUCUUCCUCCAGAGUCACAAGUCGAUCUAUUUCUCUUGAACAGUUUCCACUAAUGCGAGCUGUGUUUCACUACCGGUGCAAAAACAUUUCAUAAAAUCCACGACAACUUUGAGCCUUUUUGAAAUUAUUCCCUGAUCAUUUUCUGGGGAAAACACAUUUAUAUAUUUGUGGUUCUAGUGUUUCAGAAUAUAAAUUUGUUGCCUGUGAACCACUGGUGUCUUUAUAGCUGUUGAAGCCGUGUACAAGUAUAAUCAAGGCUUUAUUGAUGUAGCACAUGAAAAGUUAAUGCCUUAGUCACAUCUGAUAUUUCACAUUAGGACUGAACAUAAUUAUUGAGUUUAGCAAGUAAGUGCUUGUUAAAUUCCAUCUGAAACACCUUUUUUAAAAUUCAGUUAUAAAAUCUCUUUGAUAGCUAAUGUAUGCAACACCAAAACCCAAUAAUUUUGAUUUGCUUCCCAGGAUGAUAAAAUAUGUUUAAAGGAAGAAAAAUCUCUGUUAUUUAUUGGACAUCACUGUAAACGCAGACAGUUAACUAGCUAUUAUCAGCUUAUUUAACAGUAUUGCAUACUUUUGAAAAACAUACCUGUAUCCCACUAUUUAUUUACUGAAAAAUACUGGGAAAAAGACAUUUUUACAAACCUUUGAAAUUGAUAAAUUACAGCAGUUACAGACCACCUAUCAGCCACAUAACUGGACCUAAUUACACUUCUGAGAAUGUGAAAGUAUUGUAAUUCUGCUUGGUUUCCUUGUCUGAACAUAAAAACAUCAUGCUGCAAAAAUCUUUCAAUAAAAACAAUGGAAUUCA